AUGGCGUACAAAAGGGUUGCCCUAGUUUUUCUUUUUUCCCUUUUCCGAAUCAGCUUCAGUGAUGGGUGGAUGCUUCGCGUCCACCUCAGCUUGAACUUCUCAGCAUCAGAUGCUGGGGUGGAUGCUUCGCGUCCACCCUCUGUUCCCUCGACUUUGCUGCACCGAGGUUACUCUAUUGAAGCUUGGCUCAACAAACUGGGUUUUGGUUUUCGAACUGAUCAAUCACCCGCUAUGGACUCAUAUGCAAUUCCUCAAGGACCCGACGAUGACAUACCCGCCCCGGGUCAACAGUUUGCUCAAUUCGGAGCGGGUUGUUUCUGGGGAAUUGAAUUGGCGUAUCAGAGAGUGGCGGGUGCUACAAAGACUGAAGUGGGAUACUCACAGGGUUAUGUACAUAACCCGAGAUAUGAAUAUAAGUGCCUUUGGUUGGUUGUUGACCAACAGAAAGCAUGGAAGAACGAUGCACAAACAAAAAAGGGCUAA